UUGGAAUUACACGUACCUUGCAACGUGGUUUGGGUGAAUCAUAUUGCAAAAUGUCCUUUAUUCAAGUUUCUCAUGAUAACCAUUUUCCCAUUCAGAAUAUUCCUUAUGGAGUAUUUUCCACGUCAGAUGAUCCACGGCAUCGUGUGGGUGUUGCCAUAGGGGACUAUGUGCUGGACCUCACCGAGAUUGCCGAUCUCUUUACUGGUCCGAUAAUGUCCCAGAAAAAAUCGUCUCUUCAAGGGCAAGUGCUGAAUGGCUUCAUGGGUCUUGGGAAAAAGGCAUGGAAAGAAACAAGGGACACAUUGCAACGUAUUUUGUGCAGCAGUGAGGGAGUUCUUAGAGAUGACUCAAAGCGGCAAUCCAGGUGCCUUUUUAAGCAAGACUGUGUUACCAUGCAUCUUCCUGCAAAUAUUGGUGACUACACUGACUUUUAUUCCUCUAAAAAUCAUGCAACAAAUAUUGGUACAAUGUUUAGAGGAAAGGAUAAGGCUCUGAUGCCAAACUGGGUUCAUCUGCCAGUUGGAUAUCAUGGCAGAGCAUCGUCAGUUGUAGUAUCAGGUACUCCUGUGAGACGUCCUGUUGGUCAGACUAGGCCAGAUGAUACCAAACCUCCUGUUUUUGGUCCAUGUAAAUUACUUGACUUUGAGCUGGAAAUGGCAUUCUUCUGUGGACCUGGAAACAAUCUUGGUGAGCCUAUUGCUAUGGAUAAGGCUGAGGACCACAUAUUUGGAAUGGUUGUGAUGAAUGACUGGAGUGCUCGUGACAUACAGAAGUGGGAAUAUGUACCAUUGGGCCCAUUUUUAGCCAAGAAUUUUGCAACAAGCAUCUCACCUUGGGUGGUGACAAUGGAUGCUCUUCAAGAAUUUGCUUUGGCCAAUUCAAUUCAGGAUCCAGCUCCUCUACCUUAUCUUCAGCACACAGACCCUUACACUUUUGACAUCAAUUUGCAAGUUGCUUUACAAUGUGAAAACGCUAAAGCACCUGUGACAAUCUGUUCCUCGAAUUUCAAGCAUAUGUAUUGGACACCUAAACAACAGUUAGUUCAUCAUACAGUGACUGGAUGCAAUGUUCGACCUGGAGACCUGAUGGGCUCUGGCACAAUCAGUGGAACGACCCCUGACUCCUAUGGCUCAAUGCUAGAGCUUUCCUGGAAAGGUACUAAACCCGUGGAUCUGGGAGAAGGAAUUACACGGAAGUUCCUACAGGAUGGAGAUGAAGUGAUUAUGACGGGAUAUUGUCAAGGCAAUGGCUACAGAGUUGGGUUUGGAGAGUGCAGAAGUAAAAUUUUACCCGCUUAAUGGUGAUAACAAUGAACAAAGUCACUGAAACUGGAACCGUAAGGAUGAUGGUUAGGAAUGGGGUGAAGCAUUUUGAUGUAAUCGAAUAAACUAAACGUUAUUUUAUGAUU